AUGGCUUCUAGGGUGGUAGCGAGCGUUAUCGCGCUCUUGACUAUGAAAAGUGUAGUCGCUAGGGACUUUCCUAACUGCCAAUCCGGUCCUCUUACUUCUAACCAAGUAUGCAAUACUACUCUUGACCCAUGGUCAAGAGCGGCUGCUCUUGUAGCUCAGUUCAGUCACGAUGAGAAGAUAUCUAACUCCUGGGACAAUUCGCCAGGAGUCUCGCGUCUUGGUGUACCUUCCUACGAAUGGUGGAACGAGGCACUCCACGGUGUCGCCCGCUCUCGUGGCGUACAGUUCGCCAACUCGGGGAAUUUUAGUUACGCAACAUCGUUCCCUCAGCCUAUAACUAUGGGCGCAGCUUUCGAUAUGCCAUUGAUACGGUCCGUGGCCGAGACCACGAGUACCGAGGCCCGCGCGUUCAGCAACGCUGGCCGGUGCGGUCUGAACUUCUGGACCCCAAAUAUUAACCCGUUCCGUGACCCCCGUUGGGGUCGAGGGCAGGAAGUACCUUCUGAAGAUCCAUAUCAUAUGAGCCAGUAUGUGAUGCAACUCAUACCGGGGCUCCAAGGGGGUCUGCAUGGAGACCCAUACUACAAGCUUGCGGCCACAUGCAAACAUUAUGCUGGGUACGAUAUGGAGAAUUGGAAGGGAAAUCGGCGAUAUGCUUUCGACGCUAAGAUCACCAGUCAGGACUUGCAGGACUACUAUCUUGCUCCAUUCCGCGCGUGUAUACGUGAUGCGAACGCCCAGUCGGCUAUGUGUAGUUACAACGCUGUCAACGGUGUACCGACCUGUGCAGACCCCUGGCUACUCGAGGAUGUAUUGCGCGGCUUAUACGGAUUCAGCAGCGAGGACCGCUGGGUCACAGCCGAUUGCGACGCUUUACAAAACGUCUGGACGGAUCACCGCUACGGCUCCUCAGCUGCAGGUGCCGCCGCAGCCAGUUUGAAUGCUGGCACGGAUCUUGACUGUGGUCAAUUUUGGCCUCAGAAUUUGCCCCCAGCUUACAACUCUCGGCUCUUUAACGACACUGUUCUUGACCGCUCAUUAAUCCGACGCUACGCGUCUAUGGUACGACUAGGUUGGUUCGACCCGCCAGCACAACAACCAUACCGGCAACUCGCAUGGGACUCCGUAGCGAAGCCGGAGGCUAAGGCACUUGCUCUACUAGCCGCACAGGAAGGUAUUGUGUUAUUGAAGAAUAAUGGUAGCGCACUACCACUAGCUAAGUCCAUAAAGCGCGUGGCUGUUGUUGGACCCCUCGGAACCGCAACGACGCAAAUGCAGGGAAACUAUUACGGCAUUGCGCAGAGCAUUUCGACAGUAGUUUCAGCGUUUAAGGCUGCGGGAUAUGAUACCUCUAAUACGCAGGGAUGUGCUAUCACAGGGACUUCGACAUCUGGGUUCUCCGCAGCGCUGAAUGCAGCCAAUGUCGCAGACGCGGUUGUAUUCGUCGGUGGCAUCGAUACUAGUAUCGAGGCUGAGGACCGCGAUCGCGAGCAGAUCACAUGGCCAGGGCAGCAAAUAAAUCUGAUCAAACAGUUGGCAGCAGCCAAUACCAACAAGCCGUUUGUAGUUGUACAGAUGGGUACUAUGCUCGAUAGUUCAGAGGUAAAGGCACAGACGGGCGUUGACUCGCUUUUGUGGGCUGGGUACCCGGGACAAGACGGCGGCGCGGCGGUGGUUAGUAUUCUAACUGGUGAAAAGGCACCUGCGGGAAGGCUGCCGGUGACACAGUAUCCGGGAGACUAUGUAAACCAGGUUCCAAUGACAAACAUGAACUUGCAGUCCAGUACUGGAAGCCCUGGACGUACUUACAAAUGGUACACUAAGGAACCUGUAUUCCCCUUUGGCCACGGGCUGCACUACACCAACUUCAACGUAUCACUACCAGCUGGCCUUCCCACUACAUUCUCAACCGCGGAUCUCAUAUCGAACAUCUCCUUCACAGAGACCGGCCCCGUUGCUUCCGGCAACUACCCCGACCUGGCGCCAUUCCUCUCGAUCCCUAUAUCAGUAACUAACACGGGUAACAUUACAUCCGACUACGUCGCCCUCUCAUUCCUCAAGGGCGAGUACGGCCCCGAGCCCUACCCACUUAAAAGCUUAGUAGGCUUUACCCGGAUCCAUGACAUCAAGCCCGGCGAGACGGGGACAGCGACGCUUGACCUUAAACUUGGUGCUAUAUCGCGCAGCGAUAAAGACGGUAGCUUGACGCUCUGGCCAGCGAAGUAUAAGCUAGUGCUUGAUAUUGACGACCGUGCAGCGUGGGACUUUGAGAUCACGGGAGAUCAGGUGGUGUUGGAGAAAUUACCGCCGAAGAGGUCGUAA